UUUCUUUAUAUGAGAGCGAGGCUUGAUGGUGGGCUGCCGCUGCUGCCGCUGAUGGUCCUGUUUCUUGGGGUCUCCCACACCCACAGGCUUAGGCUUCUUCUGCUGUUCCAUCCUCUUCCCCUCUCCCCCGCCCCCCCUACCCCUGCUCUGAUCAGGAGCGCCAUGUCUCGUCCCGAUUUCACCUCCCCCCGGGCGGUGGUCAAGAGGGUCCUGGCCAAGCAGCAGCACGAGGGCCAGGGCGCCGUCGUCCGCAGAAGCAUUGGCAGGAAUGAAUUGAGGAACUUGGACCCCUUUCUCUUGCUGGACGAGUUCUCAGUGUCUCCUCCGGCUGGAUUUCCUGAUCAUCCCCACAGAGGGUUCGAAACUGUCACUUACAUGCUCCAGGGUGCCUUCGCCCAUCAAGAUUUCGCCGGGAACAAGGGAACCAUACGAACAGGGGAUGUGCAGUGGAUGACGGCAGGAAGAGGAAUCCUCCACUCGGAGAUGCCUGCGGGAGAAGGAGUGAAUAAGGGGCUCCAGCUCUGGAUUAAUCUCUCCUCCAGAGACAAAAUGAUUGAGCCGCGGUAUCAAGAAUUGCUUAGCGAGGACAUAGGCUCGGCGGAGGAUGAUGGGGUUGAAGUCCGGGUGAUCGCAGGAGAAGCAAUGGGAGUGAGGUCUCCAGUCUACACGAGAACCCCGACCAUGUACCUUGAUUUUACUCUCAAGCCGGGAGUGAGAUUGAAUCAGAGCAUUCCCGAGUCAUGGACCGCUUUCGUGUACGUCAUAGAAGGCGAAGGUGUUUUCGGCUCCGUCAGCUCGUCUCCUGUGUCAGCGCACAACUUACUGGUUUUAGGUCCUGGUGAUGGGGUGAGUGUGUGGAACCAGUCUUCGAAGCCGUUGAGAUUCGUGCUGAUAGGCGGGCAGCCGCUGAAUGAGCCGGUGGUCCAGCACGGGCCUUUUGUGAUGAACACGCCCGCUCAAAUCGAUCAAGCCAUCGAAGACUAUCACUAUGGCAAGAAUGGGUUUGAAAUGGCCAAGUACUGGAGGUCUCGAUCAGUGGGUUGAAAAAGCUCCCAAAAUCAUGUUAGGCAAAAAAAAAUGAGGAAAUAAAAAACAGCAACUCUCUCUCUCUCUCUCUCUCUUUUCCGAAAGUGUCAUUGUCUCUUCCCACAAAGAGCAGCAGUUGAAAAGAAAGAUGUGUUGCUGAUUGAAGCAAAGGCUUCUAGAAGAUUUAAGGUGCAGCAAAUCUAGUGAUCAUUUGAGUCGUGAUGGAGCGAAGCUCAUUUUGGUUGAAGUACUUAUAAUGCUACCAACCACAAAGAUAUUUCUCUCUCUCUGCACGACAUCUGAUCCUCCUGGGGGUCAAUUUGUAGUGACUAGUGCUUGAUAAUCUUAUUCCUUUUUGCCUCCCCUGGCGGCUGCGCA